CAUGUACACUGUCACAUUACCACAAUGCAAAGUAACAUUACCACAGUGCAAAGUCUUAUUUCGGGAAAAAAACAUGAAAAUCCUAUUUUGGUACUUUUCUCUAUGUUUUAGUCCUAUUUAGGGUGAUUUCUAUAUAGUUGUCCCUGUACACAAUUAUCAAUUUACAUUCAUAUUAUUUUUGAUUUGAUGAUUCAAUAGUUUUUAGCAGCCACCUGGUGCGUAGAUGCUUCCUUGAUUCAUAAUUGAUUCUGGCUAUGGUAUGAGACAGACAUUGCCGCUUUGAUCUUGCUAUUGCUCCCUUUAGUAUUGGAAUUGAUACAUCCACUGCAUCUGAUGUCCCAGGUACACUUAGGGUGGUAUACAAAGAGAUAGAGUGAGACGAUACAAAUUCACAAAAGAAGACUGUGAUUAUGAAAAUCAAGUUAUGGAGAGAACGCGAGAAGAUCUUUGACAAGGGAGACUAAGAUGCAGCAAACACGGAUGCACUUGCUUCACUGCUUUCUCCUUUGUGUAUACGAUUCCGUGUUGUCUCGUCUUGAACAAGAAUAUUGUAUAUUCUUGCCACUGGUGACAUUCCAGAUGACAGAAUUCACGAAUUGGAUCGAAACAGCAGCAGUUGAAGAUACUGCCGUCGGGACGGUCGAUGUCUUCGACCGUUAUGAACAAACGGUCGACCGUUCCGGUCUUCUCGGCAGCAACAGUGAGCAACGAUCGAUGGACGCGAUGCCGAGCGAUCGUGCGGAAAUUCCUAGAGCUCUGAUACCAUGAAAGAAUUGUUUAAGAGGAAAAACUCUCGUAUUAUUUCUGUGUCUGCAAUGUACAACCCAAGGUUACAUAUAUAGUGGAGAAUCCUAGUUAACAAAGGAAAAGGAUUUUC